AUGGACAGACAAGGGGGCAUUGAACCCCAAACCAUCGACUUGAAAGGAAGUGAACUCUUCAAAGACAUUAACAGCUAUGAUGUCAUUAUUCUCCUUGACGAAAACCUCAAUCUCACGUGUCCAUUACUUGUGGAAAUUGUGUGGACUACGGUGGUCAACAAUCAUAUUACACAACGUGGAGAUGUGAUGUCUCAAAUUCUUGACGAAAUUGAGUUAAGAUUUGAAGACGAACUGAUCCAAUUCAAACAGCUGAUGUAUCUCACUUCAACCAUCUCAUGGAUCAUGUUACUUUACAACAAUAACAACACUAUUUCUCAACACGCUAAAGACAUAUUUGCUGAGAAGUGUAGUGGUCUCUCCUGUCGUUGUGUUAAACAGAUACUCGGACAAAUCCAUAAAUUGACUCAAAACUCAAUAAACGCGUGGGUGCUGAGUCAAGAGUGCACUAAAAUCGUCAUAGACUUCGUCGAUAAAAUUAUCACGUGUGUAUACUCCUCCAAAUACCCAAAGAUGUUUUCGACAGUUCUCAUUGAAUCUAUUGCAACGUCGAUUGUCCUUUCUCUUGCAGAAGAGGUAUCAAAGAGUGAUUAUCUUGAAGUCGAGACAGGACUGUACCUCAAUAUUCUUGUUCAACAAAUCGAAUCUGCAUUUACAAAUGCACACAUCACUCUUGAUAUCUCUAUAUUAAAAGAGAUCUCUUCUGUCCUUAUCUUGAAGAACAAAGACGUCUUAGCUACUGAUUACCAAGUCGUUUGUCCACAUAUUCCCAUUCAAUUUCUUGUCAAUAUUUUGACCACUUUAAAACAAAAGGAUGAAUCUUCUCUCUCGACUACAACCAUCGCAACAAUCAGUAAAUCUUCUGUGAUGUCCAAUUUAGAUACUCUUUGCUUCGACACAAAGAAAGUCUACAAAGCUCUUUUCUUUCCUUUAGUUUUUGACCUCAUGAACUUGGACGAACUCAAGACGAUUUUCAAAGAUCGGUCGUAUCUGAACCCAAACGGGUUAUUUCUGUAA